GGCAAGUUGUCUUGGAGAAUGGACAAGCUGUGACCUGCAUACAUUUGAGUGACCACACCGUCAUAAGAUUUCCUGGUGGAGAACUCAGAAUAGCCAGAACAUCCGUGGACACCCCUGCAGAAAGGAUCUGUACCCAUGUCAAAAGUGCUCUGAAGAAUAUAGCAGCUGCCUCAGGAAUGUUUAUUGCCAUACAAUGACUAAAAUAAAUUCCAUCAUCUUCUAUGUUAUCAUUGUCUUGGGAUUGAUACUUAUCAAUAUCCGAUUAUCCGGUGGAAGUGAACUUAUCAUUAAGAGGCUGAGAGCAAACCUCACCCAUAUGCCCAAGGACCUACCCUUGACAACAACUACUUUAGAUCUAUCACAAAACAAUAUAUCUGAACUUCAGACUUCUGACAUGCUCUCGCUGUCCAAGCUGAGGGCCUUGGUGAUGUCCUACAACAGACUCCAGUACCUUGAUAUUGGUGUUUUCAAUUUCAACACGGAACUGGAAUAUUUGGAUUUGUCCCACAAUGAGUUAAGGGUGAUUUCUUGCCACCACACAGUCAACUUCAAGCAUUUAGAUCUUUCCUUCAAUGCAUUUGAUGUCCUUCCCAUAUGCAAAGAGUUUGGCAACAUGUCCCAGUUAAAAUUUCUGGGACUGAGUGGUAGUCAGGUUCAAAGCGCGAGUGUGCAACCGAUUGCUCAUUUGAAUAUCACUGAGGUUUUGCUGGUGUUAGGAGACACUUACGGAGAAAGAGAAGACCCUGAGUGUCUUCAGCACAUUAACACUGGGGCUCUGCAUGUUGUUUUCCCCGAGAAAAGAGAAUUUCGUUUUAUGCUGGAUGUAUCCGUCAGCACUGCAAACAGUUUGGAACUAUCUAACAUCAAGUGUGGACUUGAAGACUCUAAUUGUUCUUAUUUCUUAAGUGCUUUGUUAAAGCUUAGAAAGAAUCCGGGGCUAUCAAGUCUUACCUUAAACAACAUUGAAACAACGUGGAAUUCCUUCCUUGAUAUCCUCCAGUCUGUUUGGCAUGCACCCGUAAAGUAUUUCUCAAUUUCAAACAUGACACUACAAGGUCAAGUUGAGUUAAGAAAUUUCAAUUAUUCUGGCACUUCUCUAAAGGCGUUGUCAAUACAUCAAGUUGUCAGUGAAGUGUACAGUUUACCACAAAAAUACAUUUAUGAUAUCUUUUCCAAUAUGAACGUUCAAAACUUCACAGUGUCUGGAACACGCAUGCUCCACAUGCUUUGCCCGUUAAAAGUUAGCCCAUUUCUGUAUUUGGACUUCACAGAUAACCUCUUAACAGACAUGGUUUUUAAAGACUGCAGAAACUUAAUUAAAUUGAAAACACUUAGUUUACAAAAGAACCAGUUAAAAAAACUUGAAAAUAUAAUUCUUAUGUCUGCGGAGAUGAAAUCACUACAAAAACUAGACAUUAGCCAGAAUUUUCUACAGUACAGUGAGGAGGAAAACCUAUGCUCCUGGACAGAGAGUUUGCUAGUUUUAAAUUUGUCCUCAAAUAUGCUUACUGACUCUGUCUUCAGAUGCUUGCCCCCCAAGGUCAAGGUCCUCGACCUUCACAACAACAGAAUAAUGAGCAUCCCUAAAGACAUCACCUACCUGCAAGCUUUGCAGGAACUCAAUGUUGCAUCCAAUUUUUUAACGGACCUUCCCGGAUGCGGGGCCUUCAGCAGCCUUUCUGUGCUGGUCAUCGAGCAUAAUACAGUUUCCCACCCCUCAGUGGGUUUCUUCCAGAGCUGUCAGAAGAUCAGGUCCUUAGCAGCGGGGAACAACCCAUUCCGAUGUACAUGUGAGCUGAGAGAGUUUAUCCAAAACCUAGGCCACGUAUCAGGAGAAGUGGCAGAGGGCUGGCCCGAUUCUUACAGGUGUGACUCCCCAGAAGGCGCUAAGGGGACCCCGCUGCAGGACUUCCACGUGUCUCCAUUGUCCUGUGAUACUGUUCUGCUGAUUGUCACCGUCGGGGCCACUUUGCUGGUGUUGGCCGCCAUCGUGGCCUUCCUCUGCCUCUACUUUGAUCUGCCCUGGUACCUAAGGAUGAUGUGUCAGUGGACACAGACCCGGCACAGGGCCAGGAACAUCCCCGAAGAGGAACUCCAGAGGAAACUCCAAUUCCAUGCUUUUGUCUCAUACAGUGGACAUGAUUCCACCUGGGUGAAGAAGGAAUUACUACCAAACCUAGAGAAAGAUGGCAUACGGGUUUGCCUCCAUGAGAGAAACUUUAUCCCUGGCAAGAGCAUCGUGGAGAACAUCAUCCACUCCAUCGAGAAGAGUUACAAGUCCAUCUUCGUGUUGUCUCCCCACUUCAUUCAGAGUGAGUGGUGCCAUUACGAGCUCUACUUUGCCCAUCACAAUCUCUUCCACGAAGGCACUGAUAACCUAAUCCUGAUCUUGCUGGAGCCCAUUCCACAGUACUCCAUCCCUAGCAACUACCACAAACUUAAAUCUCUCAUGGCGCAGAGGACUUACUUGGAAUGGCCUAUGGAGAACAGCAAACAUAGACUUUUUUGGGCAAACCUAAGAGCAACCAUUAAUGUCAAGCUGGUUAGCCAAGCAGAAACUACAUGUCACAUACAGAGAUAAGAAUAUUCACCUCGGGGCUGGAGAGAUGGCUCAGAGGUUAAGAGCACUGACUGCUCUUCCAGAGGUCCUGAGUUCAAUUCCCAGCAACCACAUGGUGGCUCACAGCCAUCUAUGGUGAGAUCUGGUGCCCUCUUCUGGCAAGCAUACAUGGAAGGAAUGUUGUAUACAUCCAAAUAAAAAAAAA